UUAAAAAACAAAUGGAAAUGUUCGAGUUGGCAUCGUAUAAGACUUCCCUUGAGUCAGUACCUCCUCAUCCGCCACAGUCGGGCGAGUGAGGCAUACAGCUGAAGCACACAACUGAACCAAGUACACAGAGUAAAAGCAGGAUGGUACUACAAAUUCGCCUCUUGGCCUUGCUGAUGGGUUUGGCGACGCUGUGCCCUGCCCGCCGGACCGAUGAUAUCCCGGAUGAUAAGGAAUGGGAAGCUUUUAAGAUGCAGUACAACAAAGCAUACAGCAGUGGAAAUGAGGAGAAAAUCCGUCGUCAAAUAUUUUUCCAAAACAAAAUGAUGAUCAAGAAGCACAAUUACCGUUAUGCUCAGAACCUAACCUCCUUCAAAGUCGCCCUAAACCAUCUUGGAGACAAGAUGAGAGGAGAGAUCACGGCAUUCUUCACGGGGCCACAACAGCAGCAUGUCGUUAACAACAGCAUAGAGCCUAUACCUCUUACUGGUGAUUAUGAGUGGAUACCUUCUUCCAUCGAUUGGCGGCAAAAAGGAGCUGUGACGGGAGUGAAAAGUCAGCUUCAAUGUGCCUCAGGAUGGGCCUUCGCCACAACAGGCUCUUUAGAGGGACAACUCUAUCGUCAUUCCCAGCGUCUCAUCAGCAUGUCUGAGCAAAACCUGAUAGACUGCUGUCACUUGUGCUAUGGAUGUAGUGGAGGCAGGAUGGAUUACGCCUUCACGUACAUCAUGCAGAAUGGUGGUCUUGACAGCGAGGUUGCAUAUCCCUAUGAGGCCAGGGAUGCCGUGUGCCGCUACCACCCCAGUGCCUCGGUGACGCGGAUAAGAGGUUACUCUGCUAUCCCUUCUGGUGACGAGAAUGCGUUGAAGAACGCUGUGGCACUUAUUGGUCCCAUCGCUGUGGCUAUAGACGCUUCACUGUCAUCUUUCCAUUAUUAUACGCAUGGUGUGUACUACGACCCCCACUGUUCACCAACUCAACUGACCCAUGGAGCUCUAAUCGUAGGCUAUGGAAGAGAGAGCGGCCGAGACUAUUGGCUUGUAAAGAACUCAUGGGGUACCAACUGGGGAGAUAAGGGCUACAUUAAGAUGGCCAGGAACCUCAACAACAACUGUGGCAUUGCCACAAGCGCAUCCUACCCAUUCCUCUGAUUGGGAGGCAGGAUUCGCUGACACCUAGUUUGUACAUUCCGUCUUGGUCUCUGAAUUCAAUAAAACUAACCUUAUUA